AUGUUUUUGGACCUUGCUCGCCUAACAAGCGAGGCAAUGUUUGGCCCAUUGACGGACAUCCCGUCGGAUGUUUUUCCAAACAAAACAGCCGGUGAUCAACUUCGUUGUGGAACGAAUGCUCGGAUGCGGCAGACCGUGGAAACGGUCAAAAAUCUUCCGGCGAUAUACUUGCGAGACCAAUGGUCUCGGCUUGAGGAUUGA